AAAGGUCCAGCAUCACAUACACACACAAGCUCAAAGAGCGGCGAUUGACAAAGCAACCGGAUUCUGCGACCUUGUUCUUCGGCGAGUCAAAAUCCAAAUUGAAUCUGCGAGACAACAACACCUUUUUCUUUGGAUUUGUCUGCUUUUCAGAGCGGUUCGGUUUGCUGACUGGGAAGCAUCAUCAUCAUCAUCAUCAGCAUCAUCAACAGCAACACAACCUGUACUUGUACCGUCCUCCACCUCAAACACAACCGCCGAUGCAGCACCAUCCUGCACAACAAUCCAUGCCUGUCCUUGCUCAGUAUUCUUAUGCUCAGACACCUCAGCAUCACGCGCAAUUUCACCACCACCCAUAUCAACAACAGCCAUUGUGGACCGCGAGCGUCCAGCCUGUCGCAAUGUACCACCCCGGGGCGAUUGCCCCGUUCAGCUUGACGGCGUCGGCAUCGUCGCCGGUCGUCCUGCCAUCUGUGUCGCCCAACGCUGUCCAGGUUGGUCGCAUUCUGGGCUCGUGCAAUGCCACCGUUCACGACUAUGUUGAGGCCUGCAUGCAUUCGCACCUCCUGUCCGAUCGAAGCGCUUACGCGGCAGCACGAGCAGUCUGGGCGGCUCCGGCACUCGCAGAUGCUUCUCCUGCGCAGCUGGAAGAGUGGAUUCGCGCCUCGCCGGGCCUCACCAACAUGUUUUCCGAGUAUGCGCUUGGUGCCAUCAGUGCCAACGCCUUGCAAGGACGCGACUUGUGCUUCAUGCUCGCACAGCUGUCCGCGGUCGACGAGACAGACGAGCUUCUCGAUCACCUGGGCCUCGUGUGCAAGGCCCUGCCCGCAUCGCCCGGAGGCACCGUUCCGCCAUCGCAGUUCUGGCUGCUGCACGCCAAGUUCCUCAACCAGGCCAUGUCACAGCUGUUUGGGCCCGUGGAAACAGGCGCCGUCCCCGCAGUGUCCAUGACGGUCGGCUGCACCUCCACACCGUUCGCCCCGUUGGAUGCGUCGGCCCUGUACAUUACACCCGUCAAGGUCCGCCAGAUUGCCCAGUUCUGCGCUCAAAUGAUUGGCGUUCCGCAAGUGCUGGUUGUCUCUGUCCAAGUUCAGAGCACCUCCCCGCAGCUCAACCAUCACCACCACCAAGUCACGGUGACAGUCACCAUUCCAUCCUGGCCCGUCGCCGGUGCACACAACCCGCAUGCCAUGCUUGCAGAUGGCCUGAAUUCCAUGGCUGCCUCGUCUGCCAGACUCGCCGCCUUGUGCUUUGCCUCGGACUCUGGCCUGGUGUCGCAGGUGGCCUCGGGUGCGCACAUGAUGGGCAAUGCCGCGAUGGGAUCGCUGAAUAUUGAUGCCUGGACCUUUGCCAACUACCAUGCGCUUCUCGAGCUUGGCGGGAUUCCUACUGCCGUCUGUCAAGCGUUCGUGGCGGCAGCCUCCAGCUCACACCUUUCCCCUGCGCUCGUGCUCCAUCUCGGAAAAAGCGAGAUUGCUUCGUGCACGCGUGCCGACCCCAACGUGUGUGCGACGGUUGCAAUGCUGCUGUCGGCUCUGCGUCGCUCGUGCGCUCGCAACCCUGCUGCUGCUGCUGCUGCUGCUGCUGCUGCUGCUGCUGCUUCUGUUGGCCCCGCCCGUGCCAUUUCCAGGCUUUCGGCCCUUCCUGCCGGCAGCGAAAUUGCAGGCUCGCCUUCGGACAAGACCAUGUCCAUCCUGCGCCAGCUGGCUGCGGUUGGUGUCCCUCAUGCCGUUCGGUCUUGCAGUGCCCUGGGCGUUGGCCAGCCGUGCUCGCCGGUGUCUGAGGAUGGCCAUUCACCCUUCUCGCGCAGCAAGCGCCACAGGGACGAGACAGAUCACUCCGCGCCCGAGGACACAAAGCGCAUCUUGUUGAGCGAGGGUCCCGCUCAGCAGCAGCAGCAGCGAAAGCGACCGCCCCCAGCACCGCCGGUUGCCAUGCCUCUUGAGCUUGUGCGCAGCAGCAGCAAGUCGUCCACGGGCUCAUCGCCCACACCACCAUCCCGGCGCUCCUCUGCAAACGCUCCGCGCACCUCCAGCGCUCGUCCUCCAACCGGCGCCGCGGCUUCAAGCGCGAGCGGAGAUACAGAUCGCAUCGACGCGCGGUAUGAGCGCAUGCUCGGCCCUUCGCCUAGCCAAGCCAUCCACUAUCACUACGAUCUGAUUACCGACGAGCACAAUUUUACCCAUGCACAACUGGAAGACCUCGUCCAACCCAGCAACCCGCUCUUGAUCAGCGUACACGCCAACCGCACUCAUCUGGAGCUGUCGCGCCACUCGCCAGGCUACAGCAUCAACAUGCCAUCCCUCCGAAGGCUGUCUCGCGUCAUUUGCCGCAGCUUCAAGGUUUCCGGCCACGCUGGGUCAUUCUACCGUACCCGCGCUGGAGCUGUCAAUGCCAAUCUCCAGUUUACACAGUAUCUGGCCCACUCCAAGCGUGCCUUGCAACGGAUGGAAGUGACGCACUGUCCCGUCAUGCUCGAGGCCGGCGAUAGCGAAACAACCUUUGCUGUCGUGAUUGGACUGGUUGCCUACACUCCUCGCGGAGAGGUGACCAUUUUGGUGGACGAGCCGGACGAGCAGCUAGCGCUUGAUGCCAGCGUCAGCAGCUAUGCCGACGACGACGACCGUGACUCGACCGGAUUUGGUCGCUCGCGGGCCUCCAAAGUCGGGUCAAAGUACGCUCGUGACGCGGCCGCUGACGCCAAGGCGAGCAGCUCCAGUCCCAAGAAGAAAGGCUCCUCUUCUCGAGCGGGUGACCACCGCCAGCAUGGCUACACGUCUCCGCCGCAUUUGGAGUACUCUUCCAGCUACUCUUACGACAAUGACGCGAACAGCUUGCAGCCCGGGCGAUAUGGCAGCGGUGCACAAGUGCUCUCCUCACCAACAACGUCUAGUGCUGCCUUGGCGCUGCACGUUCUUGCCGCGGCGUCCAGCCACUCGCCACCCGGUGGACUGUCGGAGUCAUACGAGCGCGACGUGGCAUACGCCUUGUCGCGGGCCGUGCAGCGACACCGAAGCUCAUUGUCGGCCAGUUCCAGCAGUAGCUCGUCGCCAUCCUCCCUGUCUGCUGCUCCGUUGUCGGAUAGUGGUCGAGUGACAUCUGUCACAGCAGACAUGCAUGCCUCAGUCAGCAGCGAUUCGGAUGUUUCCGCGACUUCGCCAAUCAUGCAGAUGCAGGCCUCUCCUCCAAAGAGCAGCGAUCCGCACCCCAUGCAUGAAUUUGUGACCAGUCUAUUGCCCGCCACCGAGACCGCCCAAGGUUGAUGGGCUCUUCUUGGUGAUGGCCAAACCCGUUGUUUGUUGUUUGACGAGAUGGCGUUUAGCAUUCAAAAAGUACAGGCUGCUUUUUGUUUGAUUUCAAACGUCCUGUGUUGUAUUCUAUGUAUCAGUACUUGUUUUGUUUUGUUUUUUCUAUUGCUCGUUUCCCAUCGCUUCAUUGUACACAUAGACUGUUUUCUUUCGAUUUUACUGUGCCCUCAUUGAAUACAUUGAUAUUGCUUGAUGAAUAAAUUCUCGUUGAUUCGGCCAUUGGCUAAUGGUGCUGAAACA